AUGUCAGGAUGUUUAAAUGAUUAUUUUCCUAUUCCCAAAGAUGAUAUUACUUUAUCAGAUAAUAUUUUUACUUUAUUGAAAUAUGAUGAACAUUAUUAUACUAUAGCAAAAGCAAAUGGGAAAGUAGUUUUUCUUAAUGAUAAGGACAAUGAGAAUCAAUUUAAAGUUAUACCAGAAAUGUUUAUAAAUAUGGACACUUUUGAUGAAAAUAACAGCAUAAUUGAUAAGCAUGAGCAUAUAUAUUAUUCACAUGAUAUAGAACCAUGGAAUGAUAAAGCUGAAUAUAUUAGUGGUAGAUUUCUUAACAAUGACAAGAAAUUCCUUCUUAUAAUCGGUCAGAAUAGUAUUCAACUGUGGAAAUCCAAGUCACAAAAUUUUAAAGAUUUUGAAGAUUUUAAAAGUUUUGAAAAUUCGGACCUCGUUUAUAUUUUCAUCAGCAAUAUUCCAUUCGAAAGCAGACCUAAAUUUCAAAUUAAGAAUGACAUGACCACUAUUAUAAUUCACGCAU